GGUUCCCGAAUGGUAGCGAGGGCAACACCGAUGGGAACAUCACCGACCUUGAUGACUGCAUGCUGGCGUGCGAGGCCGACGAAUGGUGCGAAGGGAUCGUGGUGGACGCAGGCAAGACGAACGGCUCGUGCAGCCUGCGGUCCGAGAUGGUCUUCACCUCGUGUGCUGAGGACGAGGCAUUCGACACGUGGCAGCGGGGCUCAAUCAGCGACCACGUGCAGCGGCUGGUGGACAGGCACGGCUGGACGCGCUACGAAAACAAGAACUGCUUCGUCGGACACGGCAGCGCGGCCUACCCGAAGGGCGCCACCAAGACCCCGUACUCCAGCGGGGACCAGGCGAUCUCCCUGAGCGAGUGCAUGCAGCGAUGCCAGGACGACCCGCUCUGCGAGGCCGUCGUCACGUCCCACGGCAAGGACGUGACGGCGUGCGAGCUCCGCGCGUGGGUGUCCCCGGGCGACUGCGUCUGGAGCGGGGAGCUCGACCUGUGGAGGAUGGACCAAGGCGGGCAGGUCCCAGAGGGCACCGAGCUCCCGUCCGGCGAGCAGGGGGUGGACCGGCUCGUGGGCGUCGCGGACAUGAUCAUGGGGUGGAGCUUCAGCAAGCUCGACUUCACGAGGUGCGCGCUGGUCGGGGCGUCGGGGGUGAUGCGCGGCUCCAACGCGGGCGAAGAGAUCGACGGGCACACCGCCGUGAUCCGGCUCAACCGGAUGCCCAAGCCGGAGUUCUACGGCGACUUUGGCGCCCGCACGGACGUGCUCUUCCUUAGCAGGGACCGCUCCCGC